AUGGGAACGGCGGCAAUGCUGGAUGCAGAGAGGAAAGACAGGCGGCGAAAGGAUUUGGACCAACAGAUUGAACAGGUCUCGAACGAGUUGGCAAAUCUUGUCGAAAAGGCACCAAAAAUAACUCCCGAGAAACCACCUGCUGGGGAUAUUGGCAACCGAUAUCCCGGCGCUUUGAAAGAUCACGUUCGACAAAAUCCCGAAAUCAGCAAGAUUCUCGACGCCCUCGGUCCCUCGUAUAGGUGGCAGAGAACUGUUGCGACAAAGGCCGACGUGGACCGUUUAUGGACGAUAUACGAGCUAAGUCCUUCGAACGGAACCAGAAGGGUCGAUCACGAUGCCUUGAUUAAGGAGCUCAUGAGUGAAGAGACGAUGGCUAUCGAGCACCGUAAACCGCGGACGAUUAGGCAAGCCAAGGCGGCAAGGGUGGCAACAAAAGCUUUGGUCUACAAAUUCCUCGACGCAGGCGAAUCUAUGAUUGGAAGCGCAGGAAUGCGAACGGCGCGAGAAGAGGUAGACAAGCUGACGCAAAGGAAGUUCCCUAUGUGGGACGAAAGCCAACUGAGCUCUGAGGCUCUGAACGCGUGCAGUUUGGAGCUGAACGAGGCAUUGAGGAGUAUUUUUGACACCUCGACUCCCCUCAACGUUCAACAUACGAUUUACAGUGUAUGUCACAAUCUCCUCGUAUCGCCUCAAGCCCUCACCAUCCACACAUAUAACCAUCUUAUUGCGGGCCUGGACAAAGUUGGGAUGCAUCGUCUUGCUUCAGCGGCGGUCCUUUCGUUCUUCCAGGGCAAGCUCGAGCCCACGCAGCAUACCCUUGUGUGCAUCCUGAAUCACUACAGGACGAUACAGGACGCAGACAACUUUUCGGAUUUCAUCGCUCGCAUGACUGGCAAAGAUGAGCGAGGUAUCAAGAUCCGGAGAAAGAAGCGCGAGGAAGUAGCGGAGCAUUUCUACCUUCACGGAUGGGCCAAAACGAAAGAUGUCGCAAUCGGCUCCCAUUAUGUCGUCGAAAGGGCGCGUUUCGAUGAAAAAGUCUUCGCCGCCAUCAUCGAAGGCAUGUUGGCUUUCGAUAGACUGAGGGCUGCCGUGGGUGCAUUUGCGGCGAGCAUCACGGCCGACCUCACAAUUAGCAUGCGGACGAUGUCCGAGCUACUCGAUUGUUGCACCCGCUCCCUGGAUCGCACAGCUGCAGCCAAGGUUCUGGAAGUACUGGAAACCAAACCCGAGCUGAUCAGGCCAGCAUUUCCUGGAAAGAACGACAAGCUAUAUCUUGCGCGGCGCAUACGGAACUUACUGGAUAUUUGCGGCUUGGAACAUAGGCUGCCAACCAGCGUAGCACCGUUCUUGAAAGAGCCCGCAUUCUCGAUUGUAUCAAGCGAGGAGCAGAAACGUGUAUUUCACAUCGCACGAAUAGCCCACACCGUAUACCAAACGGAGUGGUUAUUGAACAGUGCGCGCGACUACCUUCGGCGCGUGAAAACGGGUACCGCUGGUACUGUUCGCAUUAAUUCGGGCUCUCCGCAGAUGUACAGGAUGUGGAGAGCGACAAAAUUGGUCUGGCCAGUGCCCGAGGGUCUGCCGGAGAACCAGCCCGUGACGUCUUUCUCGCUUGAGGAUAACGUCGACUGGUCUGCUUGGGAUCGCCUGGAGGAAGCGUCAGAGACACAGCUGGCGCAGAAAAGCAUGGGUAAAAGCAACACUCAAAGCGAUUCCCUUUCAGAGAAUCAGGGGCAAUCAUCCGCGUGGGAUCGCCUUGAAGAGGCGACGGAGACGAAACCGAAAAAGACGAAGUACGAGAACAAAACCAAAAUCAAUGAGGUUUUUGAAACGAUCGAGAUUCUGUAG